AUGGACGACCCCGACGAGGGCGACUCGUGUCGCAUCUGCCGCUGCCCCGCAGAGCCCGACCAGCCCCUCUACCACCCGUGCAAGUGCGCCGGUUCGAUCCGCUUCUGCCACCAGGACUGCCUCGUCGAGUGGCUCAAGCACUCGCGCAAAAAGUACUGCGAGCUAUGCCACCACUCGUUCGUCUUCCACAAGCGCUACCGCAGCGACAUGCCCGCCGACGGCAGGCUCCCUUCCUACCUCUACCUCCGCAGAUCUCUCCGCCAGUCGGCCGACCUCGUCCUGCUCGCCGGCAGGGCCCUCCUCGUCGCAUUCACCUGGCUCGGCGUGCUCCCUCUCAUCAACAUCAACGUCUGGCGCUUCCUCUUCUGGUUCGCCGACGUCGCCGCCUGGCUCGCCGUGUCCGAGCUGAGCCCCCUGGGUCCAUUUGGACGAGGCGUCGAUGCGCCGGCACCCGCUUGGGCCUCGAGCGCAGCCGCCGGCCGCAACUCCACGUCUGCCCCGGUGGGCGCCGGCUCGAGCGCUCCCUCCGCCCACACCGCGAGCAGUGCAGGUCAGGCAGCGGGUCAUGGCUUUGCGCAGCUCCUCACCAAGCCCAAGCUCAAGGCCUUUGCCAAGUCGCUCGCCCAAGACUGUUUCGAGGGCCAGAUUGUGACGUGCGUCAUCGUCGUCGCCUUUGUCGCCAUCUUCCUGCUGCGCGAGUGGAUCCUGCAGAACGCACCGCAGCAGCUCGACGCCAUCGCCCCGCAGGUCGGAGGCGGCCUUGAUCAGGGCGGCAGGGUCCCUGGUCCGCCAGAUCCGCGCAGAGCGGCCGCGCUGACCGCUCGGGCCCAGCAGCUUGAAAGGGAUCUGACAGCAGUCGAGGCCGAGCAGAUCGCGGUGGAGCAAAUGCCGAACGAUACCCUCGAGGCCCGCAGAGCGGCGCAGGCCAGGGCCGGGCACGUAUGCCUCCGACUUGCGCAGAUUUCCGAGGACGUCGACGAGGUCGUAGACGAACUGAACGCGCUCCUGGGCAGGCCGCGCGACGAGGAGCAGAGGCAGCUGCGAGCCAGGCGAGUGGCACAUCUGCGAAGCUAUAGCCAGCGGAUCGAGCGCAUGGACCGGCUCGAAGCCGACAUGGACCGGCUCGAAGCCGAGCAACAGGCGUUGGAGCGCAUGCCGCUAGGCACCGUCGAGGAGAUCGGUCGUGCGCUAGCCGCUCAGGCCGCACUUGGCCUCGAGCUGCAGCGGAUCAAGAACGAUAACCGCGAGCUGCGGGCCGAGCACGAUGCGCGGUUGCUGGCUGCGCGGGCGACAUUAGCCCAGAGCACAUCGGGAGGGCCCGCAUCCGACUCCAACCCUGCUGGCGAAGGUGGCGCUGUUCCCGAGGGCACGGAAUCCGGAGAGGAACAGCCAAAGACGGCCGAGGAGCUUCGUCGCAUCCGGCUGCGGCGCUUCGAGCCGACCGCGGCGCCUGGGCCCGCAACGCCAGCCUUGACUAGCGUCGAUGCCAAGGUAGAGGGGGUGGCCGGACCGGGAUUCCGCUUCGACUUUGACACCGCCGAGGUCGAGGACGACAGCUCCAGCGGACGCAAGGCAGCGGCUGCUCCUCUGGCGCCCGAGGAGCGUGCCAGCCAUCCUGCUGCGGUCGACGCAGGCGGAUCGCCGAGCUGGCCAUCGUGGGGCGGCUCGACCGAGUCGUCGACGCCGAGCCGGAACAGCAUCAUCAUGACCGACGGCAACGCCGCAUCGCUGUCCGUCCCCAGCUGGCAGGAGGGGUCGAGCUCGCAGGCCAGCCCGCCGGCAGAGGCAGAUGUCGACGGCCUAAAUGGCUCGGCUUCUCUGGGUCCAUCGGCGCCCCGAGCGGACAAAGGCAAGGCUCGUGCGCUCGACGAUGAUGCCGCCGAUGGGCAGGCGGAGGAAUCGACUGCCGAGGUGAAAGGAGCAGCGGACGCUGCAGUCUCGGCGGAGGCAGUCGAGGCAGCCCCGGACGGUGCGCCGAAUACAGCGUCGGGCUCAAGCCCGACCGGCGCAAAGAGCGGAUUGGAGUCAACUGCCGCCUUGGAUGCCAAAGCAUCGACGAUGGAGGCGACACGCAAGGUCGAGCCGGCCGCCGCCGGGACAGGCGAAGGCCAACAGGGCAAAACGGCCGCAACCAAAAGCUCGGAGCCCGAUGUCGCAGCAACAUCCGACGACGCCGCGGUGGCGCAGGAGGGCGAGGCGGGGAGCACCGAGCAUGUCGACACCCAGACCGCCGUCGCCACUCCCGAUGCGGCCGUGCCCGGUCCGCAGACCACGCCUGUUGCCGCAGCUGCCGACGCCGCCGCCGAGGGCGACUCUGUCGAGGGGGGCAUGCCCGAGACCGUCGCCGCCGACGAUGACGACCCAGUCGAGGUGGCGCUGCGCCAGGCUGCCGCCAACGCCGCCGCCAACGCCAACAUCGUCGCCAUCGCCGAUGCCGAGGUCCGACCUCGCGCCAACGCCGAAGUCCAACCCCGUGCCAAUGCCAACGCCGGCGCCGACGACGACACCGACGACGACGACAACGACGACGAAGACGACCUGGAUGACGCGGCGGACGACGACAACGUGGGCCUCUUUCUCGACGAGGAGAUCGACUCGUUCAUGGAAGCGCUGGGCAUGCGCGGGCCCAUGUUUGCGCUGGUGCAGAACCUGCUCCUGAUGGUGGUGGUGUGCAACUUUGCCAUCCUCUUUUUCGUGGCGGUGCCCUUCUUUGUCGGCAAGGUGCUUGGGCCCGGCACGCGCCUGCUGACGCUCGCCGCGCUGCCCGUCAAGCUGCUGCGGCACGUCACCGACCCCGUGUUUGACGCCAUCAUCCGACUCGCCAGCCAGCACGUCUGGCCGUGGCUGUCGAGCCUGCGUUCGGCGGCGUCAUCGUCGUCGUCGUUGGCGAGUGCGACCGGCGGCAGCCCCGCGUCGACGAGCGCGCUGAGGUUCCUCUGGGGCCACAGUGACAGCGGCAGCACCGCCGCGACGAGCUCAGGACAGGGAUGGCUCGGCUCGGUGGUCCAGCGCCUCUGCAGCACUCCCGUCGCUCCGAGCGACGUUGCCGCCAUCCUCCACCGCUACCAGGCGGACGUCAAGAUCGCGCUGCGUGCCGGCGCCGCGUGGCCGCUCGAGGCUCUCGGCACGCUCUUCUGGGAUGCGGUGCAGAAGGUCGACCUCAAGACGAUGAGCUCGUCGAGCUCGGACCGUGCGCUCUGCGUGGGGCUCGGCCACGCCUACUGCCUGGCGGCGCUCGGCAUCUACAAGCGGGUCGCCAGGCCAGGCGCCUCCUCGCCACUGCAACAGCAGCACCUGCAACAGCAGCACCUGCAACAGCAGCCGGCGGCCGAGGAGCCUGCGUUGCGGCUGAUUGUCGACCAGCUGCUGCUGAUCCUCAAGGUCGUGGGCUUCCUCUUCGUCGAGCUCGUCUUUUUCCCGCUCGGCUGCGGCCUGCUGCUCGACGUCUGCCUGAUGCCCCUCUUUGGCGAUCCGACGCCGUCGGGCUGGCUCGAGCGGGCCCGCUUCGCUCCGUUCGCCUUUGGCUUCACCCGCUGGAUGGGCGGCACCGUCUACAUGUUUCUGUUCGCGCAGUACGUGCACACGACGCGCGGCGUGCUGCGCCCGGGCGUGCUGUGCUGGAUCCGCGACCCCAACGACCCGGGCUUCCACCCGAUCAAGGACAUCCUCAGCAAGCCCACGCUCACCCAGCUGCGCAAGAUCGGCGCCUCGGCCGUCAUGUACGCCGGCAUUCUCGUGGCGUCGGUGGGCUUCAACACCUACUUUCUGCGCUACGCCCUCGGCUCCACGGGCGUCCUGCCGCUGCGCUGGAAGCCGCUCGAGCCGCUGAGCGAGGUGCCGUUUGACCUGCUGGCCGUCCACCUCGUGGUGCCCUGGCUCGGCGCGAAGCUCGACGGCGAGGCGGCCUUCAGCGGCGCGCUGCGGUGGUGGUGGACGUCGGCGGCGCGCGCGAUGCGCCUCAGCACCUACCUCGUGGGCGGCGACCAUCCCGAGGAGCGGGGACACCACGUGGCCAGGACGUGGACCGCCUGGCUGCUGCAGAGGCGGGCCAACAGGAUCGGCGUGGCGGCCAUGGCCACUGUGGCGGCCCAGCGUGGCUUCGUGCCGGGCGACGACAAGGGCGACGGUGCGGGCGACGGGCAGCUCUUUGGCCAACCUCCCGUCAUCGACCGGCAGGCCGGGGUCGACUUUUACCUCGACGGCGGCUACUGCCGGGUGCCGGGCGACGACAAGGCCGUCACCACCGGCCCGCUCAUCAUCCCGGUCAAGCCCGACGGCAGCGCGCUCGACGAACGCGGCGCCGAGGCCAUCCACCAGCAGGAAGAGGCGGCGCGCGGCAAGACGCCCAAGCCGAGCUACGUGACGCUCUAUAUGCCGCCGCACUUCCGCCCGCACGACUUCUACGCCUUCUGCCUCGGCUCGGCCGCCGUCGUCGCACCCAUUUGGCUGGCGAGAGGAAUGUGCCGGCUGUACCGGCGUGCCAAGCUCCGCGCCGCGGCGGCCGACUCGCAGCCCAAGGCGUCGAGGCCGCUCGCGUUUGUCGCCGUCAGCCUGGCAAGGAGGACGGCGAGGCUGGGUCGCGUGGCCGUGCUAGGGCUCGGGCUGGGCGUCGUUGUGCCCCUGAUGGUGGGCAUGACGAUCAACCAAUAUCUCAUUGUGCCGCUACGCUUUGCGCGGGAUGCGGUGCCCGAGGUCGAUGUGUGGCAGACGUGGGCGCUCGGCCUGGUCGAGUGCAAGCUGGCGCUCAAGGCGCUCGAGUCGCGGCCCGCGCCCGCCUGGCGGCCGCUAAAGAGGGUCGUCGACGGCUACAACUCGGUCCGAGCCGGCGGACUGCGCCGCCCCGCCAUUGUGCGCGCCUACCGCGACGUCGUGCUGCCCAUCGCGGGCGGCUGCCAGAUGCUGCUGCUGCUGCCGGUCCUUGUGGCGGACGUGGCGUUGCGCUUGUUGGCGUACGCAGGGCAGCAGCGCAGGGGUGCGGGUGCCGCGCCCGUCGAACGCACUGCGGCAGAGGAGCAGGCGGCGCUGCGCAUCGUCUACGGCGUCGUGUUGUGCCUGUUUGCGGCGAUCCAGGCGCGCAACGCCGUCCGGCGGCGGAUGGCGGCGUGGACCGACGUGCUCAAGGACGAGGAGUUUCUCGAGUCGACCGAGCUCAAAAAUUACCAGCCGCCCGCGUUUACCGCGCGCCAGGCGCGCGCCUGGGACCGGGACAGCGUGGCCAGGGCGUCGGAUUCGCCGUCACCUUCGUCGUCGCCAUCGUCGUCGGCGCCACCAUCGCCGCAGCUCGACGCAGCCGACGCGGACGCCUCCGCCUCGGCACCGGGCGGCAGCCAGUAUGAGGCCGAGGGCCCGCUGCCGGACGUGCUGCUCCGUUGA